AUGGAUGAUAUUAUUAUUGACUAUGACAAAUAUGAGAGAUUAGACAUCAGCAAAUCAAGUGAAUCAAGUGAUUCCAAUGAUGCCAGUGAUGCUGAGAAAUAUAGCAAUCAAACUAAAAAAUUAGAAUAUCACAAUGUUUAA